GUCACACACGACAUGACGUCACCCGAAGACGUCAUCAAAAAGUCCAGCUCUUAGGCGUGUCCCAUUUUGCAUGAUACAUUUCAAUUUCGCAAGCAAUUUUGGUCCCAAUUUUGCACAAUUUAUAAGGAACAAUUGCUAAAAUUCAUAUUUAAGAUAUAUUAAUAUUUGUUCAUUUACGAUGUCUAAGGCUGUGGCCAACAAAGGUUCUCGCUGGGCGCUGGAUUUUACUGUAAAAGGAAGGAAUUCAGAUUUGCCAGCUCCUCCAGGCUACAGCCUGUCUGUGAACCAGUCAUCAGAAGUGAACAAGGCAAAUGAUGCUAGUCUUGUGAUAAAAAGAGCAUGGGAUCUUGCGCUCUCUCCUCUGAAACAGAUCCCGAUGAACUUGUUCAUCAUGUACAUGGCCGGCGACUCCAUCUCCAUCUUCCCGAUCAUGAUGAUCGGCAUGAUGCUGCUGCGCACCGUGAAGGCGCUCUUCUCGAUCCAGCAGACAUUCAAGAUGAUCGAGGGCGACCACGCCAUUCUGCAGCGACUUGUCUACUUGAUCGGCAUCCUGGCCGGUAUCGCGCUGGCGCUGUACAAGUGCCACUCGAUGGGUCUGCUCCCCACCCACGCCUCCGACUGGCUGGCCUUUGUCGAGCCGCAGCAGCGCGUCGAAUAUGCCUUCGGAGGGGUGCGGAUGUGAGACGGACGCGAGGAGUGAGGCGGGGUGUAAGAGUGUCGGGUGCGAAGUUGAAUCUGGGGGGGGGGGGGUCAGGCUGGGUAACUAUACUGAGGUCGUGACCAGUUUGGUGCAUGUGAUGUAUGGUAUGCAUGGUAUGUGACACGUGUAAUUCGUUCGGGCACCAGUGCUGCCCAUGGGAUGGGAUAUUAUUAUUUACAUAAUGCGAAGAGUGUGCAUUGUAUCUCGUUUUGUCAUUGUUUGUCGUUUCAUGUGUUGUGUGGGAUCAUUGAUCGUGGUAACUCUGUCUCUUACCAGAUACCAUCAUGGGCACAUUGAAAAAAUUAGCGUCACCACAACCAAAGCACGUUCAGUGUGUAUGCUUCGCAUGAGGCAGUGGAGCAGGGCAAUGAGGUGAUGGAACUAGAUGCCCUGCAAUGAAGCCACGUUUGUCCAAGCGGCGUUCUGCCAAUAAAAACUAAACGUAUACCUACUAAUCUUCGGAAUCAUAAUGAAUAGCGAUUAGUGACGUCGACGCGAUGCGACAGAGAACGUUCAAAAGAAAAGAAUACAAACAAAUGGAAAACUUGUGCGACGCA